CUCUGUUCGACAGCUGCUCCAACGCCAGCCCGCCACUGCGCCUCCUGAUCUGAAAGGAACCGCUGCGACGGACGGACGCGCGUGGAACGCCUCCGAGAAAAAGGGUUCGCCGUCUGCAAGAUGCGGCGUCCCCCGUUUUUAUACCUACAUUAUUCAUUGCCGCGGUGGCUGGCCGGUGUGGCGAGGGUCGGCGUAGCCGCUAGACUCGACUCGCAGUCACUGCUGCCGUUCUGAGAGCACGAAGCCACCGCAGGCUGCUCCACACCACCUUCCCAGUCUCUGUUGCUGCUCCUAUCCGGCACGCGGUGCCGUGGAUCAGGCGGCACAUCGAAAGUGCCUGGUCACCACCAGGACACCGAACAUCGUCGGAGAUCCGGGGAUGGAGGAGGCACAGGAGAGCGGUGGAGGCAUCCGCUCCGCGCUCCCCCUCGGCUCGCUCAUCUCUCCUUCCGGGAACGAGGUGGAGCUCCCGGAGCUAGAGGGCAAGACCAUCGGCCUAUACUUCGCGGCCAACUGGUACCCCAAGUGCGAGGCCUUCACCCCGGCGCUGGCCGCCGCGUACCGGCAGCUCAGGGGCCGCGGCGCCGGCUUCGAGGUCGUCUUCGUGUCGUGCGACGAGGACCGGCCGUCCUUCGAGCGGUUCCACCGCGCCAUGCCGUGGCCCGCCGUGCCCUUCGGCGACAUCCCCUGCAAGAAGAGCCUCAGCGACAUGUUCCAGGUCGAGGGCAUCCCGCGCCUGGUGGUGCUCGCCCCGGACGGCGCCGAGGUCGUCUGCUCCGACGCCGUCGAGCUCGUGCACCGCUACGGCGACCCGGCGUUCCCCUUCACCCCGGCCAGGGUGGCGGAGCUGGAGGCCGCCGAGCGGAGCAAGUUCGCUUCCCAGACUCUGGACAAGCUCUUCUCCGUCAGCCACGUCAAGAACGGCGGCGACCAACAGGUAGUGUCAGUACUACCACCACCGAGUGUUCCCAUCGCGAGCCUGGUGGGGAAGACGGUGGGGCUCUACUUCUCGGCGGACGGGUGCGAGCCGUGCGUCAAGUUCACCGAGAGGCUGGCCGCCAUCUACGGCAAUCUAAAACGCAGGUCGGCGGAGUUCGAGGUGGUGUACAUCCCCAUGGACAAGGAGGAGGGCGGGUACGAGCGGUCGCGCGGCGACAUGCCGUGGCCGGCGCUGCCCUACGACGGCGGCGAAGGCGCGCCGUCGCGGGAGCUCGCCAGGUACUUCGACGUGCGGGAGAUCCCGACGCUGGUGGUGAUCGGGCCCGACGGCAAGACGGUGACGAGGGAGGGCAGGAACCUGGUGAACCUCUACUUCGACAUGGCGUUCCCGUUCACCGAGGAGCAGGUGCGGCGGCUGCAGGAGCUGGAGGACGAGCGGGCCAAGGGGUACUCGCCGUCGCUGCGCCACGCCGGGCACCGGCACGAGCUGAGCGUCGUGUCGGAGAAGUCGGGCGGAGGGCCGUACGUGUGCUGCGAGUGCGACGAGCAGGGGUUCGGCUGGGCGUACCAGUGCAUCGCCUGCGGCUACGAGAUACACCUCCGGUGCGGCCGAGACGGGGAAGACGGCGGCGCCGUGGGAGCUGAGCAGUAGACGAUUACGGGACUCUAUUAUUACUGGAGUAUAUUAUGUAUAUAGAUUAAAAUGAACGGAUGUUGUGUGUGCGUGCUCUGGAAAAGAAGGUCAUGUUGCUAUUGUGUAGGUGGCAAGUCUGAUGAUAAUUCAUACAGUAGAAUAGACGAGAAAUGGGGCAGUGUCGCUUGGUUA